GUACAUUUACCAUUUCCAAUUUCAAACACCACAGCCUCCCAAAGUCAACCCUUCUUUCUCUCUCUACUUAACUUCGUCUUCUUCUUCUUUGCUUUCUCUUCUCUAUCCAUCUCUUUUUGCAAUGAAACACCACUGAGAGUGAUUUCAUUUCUGAAUAAAAUUAAAAUAAAAAGUUAAUAUCUUUUUUCACUUCUCUUUGUUGCUGUAUAAAGGCUCAAUUUUUAGUGCUUUGUUUUCUUAAAAUGGGUAAUAAACUCACGGUGUGUUUCACCGGAGAAUCUCGCCGGAGACAAGAUAUAUCUGUUUUCAUCUCAGACCCACUCGACGAAGGUCUCGGUCACUCUUUCUGCUAUGUCAGACCCGACCCUAUAACCCGAAUAUCCUCCUCUAAAGUUCACUCAGAAGAAACCACGACUUUCCGCUCAAUAUCCGGUGCUUCAGUUAGUGCCAACACAUCAACGCCACUGUCCACGGCGUUUAUAGAUCCUUAUGUUUAUAAUACUAUUGAUAGAGCCGCUGCUUUUGAAAGCUCUAAUUCUUUUGCUUCAAUUCCUCUGCAACCAAUACCAAGAAAUUUAAUCGGGUCAACAAAUUCGGGUCCUUUCCAUAUGGGUUCGGGUAUGGUUACGAUUCCGGGUUCGGGUCCUCUGGAGAGAGGGUUCAUGUCAGGUCCCAUUGAGAGAGGGUUCAUGUCAGGUCCUCUGGAUCAUGGGUUGUUCUCAGCUCCACUUGAAAAGAGUAGCUAUUGCGAUAACCAAUUUCAAAGAAGUUACUCUCAUGGUGGUUUUGCUUUUAGACACAGAUCAGCAAAGAGAUCACUGAUUCAAGUAUUACAAAGAGCAAUAUCUAAAACAUUGUCUCGUGGUCAAAACUCUGUUGUAGCUCCUAUUAAAGGCGGUGUUGUUAAUCAUAUUAAAGAUCAAGAUUGGAUUUUUAAUCACGAAAAGCAGCAUCAUAAUGAGAAUUUGACUGUGAAUAGUAGUGUUAACUUGAGUAGUGAAGGUAGUUCAUUACUUGAGGAUGAUGAUUCUUUGGAGUUUCAUCAGAAUCUUCAAUGGGCUCAAGGUAAAGCAGGUGAAGAUCGUGUACACGUUGUUGUAUCAGAAGAACAUGGAUGGGUUUUUGUUGGGAUUUAUGAUGGAUUCAGUGGUCCUGAUGCUCCUGAUUUUCUUUCUGCUAAUCUUUACUCUGCUGUUCAUAAAGAGCUUAAAGGUUUGUUAUGGGAUGAUAAGUUUGAGUCUACUAAAAUCUCCGCACCUGCUUCCUCUCCUGUAAGAUCAGAAGGUACUGAUUCAAUUGAAAAUUCCGUAUUACAAAGUAGUGAAGUAGAUAGGAGUUGUGGAAAUGAUGAAUGUAUGCAGUGUUUGGAUCAAGAGAAUCAUCCAUGUUUAAGCCAAGGUGUGAGUUCUGAUUCUGAUUCGAGGAGAAAAAGAAGUAGGAACUCCAGAGGGCGGUAUAGAGGUGCCGCGAAGAAAUGGGAGGAGUAUCAAAUGAGAUGGAAGUGCGAAUGGGAUAGAGAAAGAUUAGAGCUUGAUAGAAGAUUAAAAGAGCAAUUGAAUCGAUCUGGAUCGGGUAAUGGAGCUAUAAAUCAUGCAGAUGUUUUAAAGGCUUUGUCUUUGGCUUUAAAGAAAACAGAGGAGUCAUAUUUAGACAUUACGGAUAAGAUGCUAAUGGAGAAUCCGGAGUUGGCUCUGAUGGGUUCUUGUGUUCUUGUUAUGCUGAUGAAGGGAGAAGACGUGUAUGUCAUGAACGUGGGUGAUAGUCGAGCAGUAUUAGGCCAAAAGGCAGAGCCUGAUUAUGGGUUAGGGAAGAGUAGACAGGAUUUGGAGAGGAUAAAUGAGGAAACAUUGCAUGAUCUUGAAUCUUAUGAAUGUGAAAGAUCGGGUUCAAUACCCAGUUUGAGUGCCUGUCAGCUUACUGUUGAUCAUAGCACCAAUGUGGAAGAGGAAGUUCAAAGAAUAAAAAAGGAACAUCCGGAUGAUGCUUGUGCAUUGCUGAAUGACCGUGUGAAAGGAUCAUUGAAAGUCACUAGGGCUUUCGGUGCUGGCUUUCUUAAGCAGCCUAAAUGGAACAAUGCUCUCCUAGAGAUGUUCAGAAUCGACUACGUUGGCAAUUCCUCCUACAUAAAUUGUCUACCAUAUCUCCGCCACCAUAGACUAGGCCCCAAAGACAGGUUUCUGAUACUUUCCUCUGAUGGACUUUAUCAAUACCUAACAAAUGAAGAGGCUGUCAAUGAAGUUGAGCUUUUCAUCACAUUACAACCUGAAGGAGAUCCAGCACAGCAUCUGGUUGAGGAAGUGUUGUUCCGUGCAGCUAAGAAAGCAGGAAUGGAUUUCCAUGAGUUGCUCGAAAUACCACAGGGCGACCGACGGCGAUACCAUGACGAUAUUUCCAUAAUUGUUAUUUCAUUAGAGGGAAGGAUUUGGAGAUCAUGUGUAUAAGUAGAAAAACUACAGAUAGAAGAUACAGAAAAAAAAAAAAAAAAGAAAUUUUCUGGCAAUUCUUUUUUUGCCAUCCUAUAUCUCUUUAUUUCUUUUUUCCCUUUUCCUGGUCACUUCUGUAAUAGCAAUUAAGCUCUAGGAAAUUGAGUAUCUUAAGAACUUAGUUGCGAAAUGUAGUGGGUGGGGGAGGGAGUGUAAAGUUGUAAAAGCAAGGUUCUUGUUGAGUAUAAACUGUCAUAUAGAAAAAAAAACAUUUGUAGUGUUCUACUAAUAAAUGGUAUCCUUUUGAAAAGGGUUUUUGUUCCA